AUGACUGUCGUAAAAGAUGAAAAUCCGAACCCAGCAGAGGCUCUAGAAUCAUCGCUGCAGAUGAUUGAUGGCGACAUCGUCCAGGCCAUACAGGCCUUGAAGGAGAUUCAACCCCGUCCCGAGUCAGAGCUUGAGCACCAAUUUCGCCAUCUGAUUCUUGCAUUGGAGAAUUACAAGCGGGUGCAUGAUAGUAGGGACUCUGAGUGUGUGGAAUACCCCUUUAAUCGCAGUGAGCGGCAGGUGAAAGACGCCUUUGUGUCUCUGUUCCCAGAGUGCAUUGCGGCCACAGCCCCUAGGUCACGUGCAAAGACGCUCAUGUCAUUGAAGAUUGCAACUAAACCUGAUUUCGAGACCUUUUAUCUUGGGCCGUAUGAGUUUCCGAGAGUAUUGAACGGUCUGUGGCAGCUUUCAUCCGCAGCGCGGGGAAGCGGAAGUACUAGCAGGCAAGAAGAAGAGCUAGUCCGUCUUGUGCAGGCGGGGUUCACGGCAGCUGACAUGGCUGAUCACUAUGGUGAUGCUGAGCUAGUCUACGGCGCCUUUCGGAACCGGUUGUCGCCAAGUGUUAGGUCACAGGUUCUAGCUGCAACAAAAUGGUGCGUAUUUGCACCUCCUACGGAAGCUGUCACGGCAAAAUUUGUCCUCGAUGCUGUGAAAGAGAGGUAUCGACGACUUGGAGGCAGAAUUGAACUGCUUCAGCUUCACUGGCACGACUAUUCUUCAAAAGAAUAUCUUAGCAUACUGGUUGAACUAGUUCGUCUCACCGCGGUCCACCCGAACCUGGUAUCAACAAUCGGGCUCUGCAAUUUCGAUGCGGAGCACACCGUCGAAGCCUGCGAGUAUCUGAUAGCAAAGACCGGUUCCGUCGGAGUUGUGUCAAAUCAAGUUCAGUUUUCGGUGCUCGACUCCAGACCACUUCACUUGAUGGUCGGCGUUUGCCAAAGAUAUGGGCUGAAUCUCCUGACAUAUGGUUCCCUGAAGUGUGGCGGAAUUUUAUCGGCUCAGUGGCUUGGGAAACCUGCUCCCGAUGUCUAUGCAGAAUCAGCGAAGCUGACGCCGUCACAAAGAAAGCUGAUAGGCCCUCUGAAGUAUCACGAUAUGAUCAUGCACUGGGGAACUUGGCGAGACUUCCAAGACUUGCUAGAGAUUCUUUCGACGGUGGCCCAGGAGCACAGGGUGAGUAUUUCAAAUGUAGCAGCUCGCUGGGUUCUCCAGCAGCCGACUGUUGGAGCGAUAAUUGUAGGGACACGGCUUGGGAUUUCUAGCCAUGUCGAGGAAAACCUCGCGACGUUCGAAUUCAACUUGAGUGACUGGGAUCUCGAUAGGAUCAACAUCAUGGCACUGGGGUCCAAUCGGACGAGAACUAGACGGCUAUUCACAGGCAUCGGGGACUGUGGAACCGAAUAUCGAAAUGACCAUUAG